UUCGGGGGUCUACAGCUGGAGUGUUUUUGGAGCUUUGUUCUCCCACACCGCUGGAGGAACAGGAUCAGCUGAACUACAGAAGAAUUUAAAGUAUUCCAAGUUUUCUUCUGAAAGUUGUCCCUUCAAACAAUCAGGAGUUUUCACAAAGAUCAAUAUUAAACUGCUGAAAGAGGUGAAGCACAAGGUAUCCAGAAGAAUCUCCAGUCCCUGCGAAAGUUGUUUUCUGCAUUUCAGAAAAAUGAAGCCAAGUUUUACUACACAAAGUGAUCUCAAAAUACACCAACAGAUUCACACCAGAGAGAAACCGUUUCACUGCUCAGAUUGUGGUAAGCGUUUUACUCAAUUGGGUAGUCUCAAAAUACACCAACGUAUUCACACCGGAGAGAAACCGUAUCACUGCUCAGACUGUGCGAAGAGUUUUACUACAAAGAGUGAUCUUAAAAUACACCAACGUUUUCACACAGGAGAGAAACCUUAUCACUGCUCAGACUGUGGGAAGAGUUUUACUAUACAGAGUGGCCUUAAAACACACCAACGUAUUCACACAGGAGAGAAACCGUUUCACUGCUCAGACUGUGGGAAGAGUUUUACUCAGUUGAGUAAUCUCAAAAUACACCAACGUAUUCACACUGGGGAGAAACCAUAUUACUGCUCAGACUGUGGAAAGAGUUUUACUACAAACAGUGAUCUCAAAAUACACCAACGUUUUCACACAGGAGAGAAACCGUAUCACUGCUUAGACUGUGGAAAGAGUUUUACUACAAACAGUGAUCUCAAAAUACACCAACGUAUUCACACAGGAGAGAAACCCUAUCACUGCUCAGACUGUGGGAAAAGUUUUAAUCAAUUGAGUAAUCUCAAAAUACACCAACGUAUUCACACUGGGGAGAAACCGUAUCACUGCUCAGACUGUGGGAAGAGUUUUACUACACAGAAUGAUCUCACAAUACACCAACAUAUUCACACAGGGGAGAAACCUUAUCACUGCUCAGACUGUGGGAAGAGUUUUAUUCAAUUGAGUAAUCUCAAAAAACACCAGCGCAUUCACACCGGAGAGAAACCGCAUCACUGCUCAGACUGUGGGAAGAGUUUUAAUCAAUUGAGUAAUCUCAAAAAACACCAGCGCAUUCACACAGGAGAGAAACCACAUCACUGUUCAGACUGUGGGAACAGUUUUAAUCAACUGAGUCAUCUCAAAAGACAUCAGCGCUUUCACACAGGAGAGAAACCGUAUUGCUGCUCAGUCUGUGGGAGGAGUUUUACUGAUCAGAGUGAUCUCAAAACACACCAGCGCAUUCACACUGGAGAGAAACCGUAUCACUGCUCAAACUGUGGGAAGAGUUUUAAUCAAAGGAAUGAUCUCAAAAUACACCAGCGCAUUCACACAGGAGAGAAACCGUAUCACUGCUCAGACUGCGGGAAGAGCUUUAGUGUACUGCGUCAUCUCAGACAGCACAAGCGCAUUCACACAGGAGAGAAACCGUAUCAGUGCCCAGACUGUGGGAGCAGUUUCGCUCAACAGAAUAAUCUUAUAACACACCAGCGCAUUCACACAGGAGAGAAACCAUAUCACUGUUCAGACUGUGGGAAGCGUUUUACUCAACAGAAUAAUCUUAUAACACACCAGCGCAUUCACACAGGAGAAAAACCUUAUCACUGCUCAGACUGUGGGAGUAGUUUUACUACAAAGAGUUCUCUCAAAAAACACCAGCGCAUUCACACAGGGGGAAAGUGUACCACUGCUCAGACUGAUGUAGUUUCAGGUAUUUGACAUUUUUAAAGGUGUCCUUCCGCUAAAAUCCAAUUUUUCUUUGUUGUGUAUAUGCCUGCUGCAUAUUAAACUGUUCCUCAACCUCUAUUGCCUGCAGUAGCUAGUAAAAGAAAAUAUUUAGAAAAGCAAGUCGAUCAGGAAAAGCAUAGUGUCUACGUCAACCCUUGAAUUAGUAUUCUUGGCCUCGCUCACCUUAGCUCGCGACCCCCUGGCAAAGCUGAAGCCAGGCAGAGACACAUCUCAUCAGAGAGGAGCUAACAGCUUUAGGGACAGCAUGACAGUUCGUUCCUGUAUUAUUUGUAUAAAUAACACAUUAGUGUUUAUAUGAUAGAUCUAUGGAACACCACCUGCGAAGUACAGGGGCUCCUAGGGUGAUGUCUGUUAGCAGUCUGUGAGUUGAUGUAUCAGACCCGAAUCGCUCAGUAGUGAUGUGGGAUAUACAGCUGAGAAGCAGCUGAAUGGGUGGAACAAUUGGCCUAGUAUAUAUUAUACAAUAUAUAGAAUGUUGGUUUGCAGGAGAUGGAGAUGUUCUGCUGAAGGCUCUUAUCAAGACACUUUUGCUGUUUUGGGAAGAACAGACUGAGCUCACCACAUGUUCAUGUUCAGAAGUGUGUAUAUAUAUGAACUAUGAAACAUUAAUCUGUUUGUGACGUGCUCGUACCAUUUAUUGAGGAUGUUCCGGAAUAUAUAUGAAUUCUUAAUAUAAUAAAUAUCGGGUUAGUUAGAAAAUGUGUGCAUGAGCCACAGAAUUAUUGCUGUACCAGUGUUUUUAUUACCGAAGGCCACUGUUUUAUUUCUUUGUAUAUAUUGUGAAACUACUAUUAGUUCUCUUUCUCUCUCUCUCUCUCUGGUAUGUAAAUGUGUUUAUCUCUGAACUUUUUUGUAUAUGUAAUACAGUGUGUUUGAGUAAUUUUUACUCAAUUUUAAGUAAUUGUUUUACUUUUUGUGAUUUGAACUUGAGUUGUCAUAUAGUUCAUAUAUCCCAACAGGACCAUUGUGUUAACAUCACUUUUUCCAGCAAGUUAUACCAAAUCAGAAUCAGCUUAAGAUAUCUGCAGUUCUCAAACCUACACCCAUUUAAUGCUCCCAGCUCGCUUCCUCGCUUCCUUACUGUAAUGUCUACAGCACAUAAAAGAUAAAUCCAUUACAUCAGCUAAUGUAGCACAUACCACACAAUAACCUUUAUAGUCAUAAAUAAUAUAUUACACAGCAAAAUCCACAGUUAAUCCUGCAAAAAUACACACAAUGCUACUGGCUGCUAACUUUCAUCAACUUUCUCGCCAUUAAAUUUGUAUUCAUAUUCUACAGGAUCUCUCCCACAGGAAUAAUUUCUUAUUUAAUUCUAAAUAAAUAGAAAAUAAUGUAACUGAAAA